CACCGCGGAAGACUACAAAUUUCCCAGGGACACAUCCCAGCAGCCUCUGCGGGCAAGAUGGCCGCGCUGAGGGCAGAAGUUGAGGUGAGCUGGAAAUAGGCCUGGGCUCCCGGGCGGAGCGCCUCAAGAUCCCAGCCAACAAAUGCAGAUGAGCUCUGCUCGCCGCAGCCAUGAGGUCGUCCUGAUAGAACCUGUGCGCUGAUAGACAACCCCGGAAUUUUGCUGCCCUGGGCUGGAAGUUCCGGCAAGACUACAGAGUGAGCGCCGGUAAAGCAGCUCCUGUUCUGGCAGGUGCGACCCUGACUGCUCCAUGCCCGCGAGCACGGGGAGGCUGGGCUUCGCCCAGGGUCGUCCCCUCUGCUGGUUGCUGUGCGCUGUCACCUUAAAGCUCUGCCAAGCAGAGGCUCCCGUUCAGGAGGAAAAACUGUCCGUGAGCACCUCUACUUUGUCGUGCUGGUUGGUGGAAGAGUUCGUCGUGGCAGAAGAGUGUGCUCCGUGUUCUACUUUCCAGGCUAAAACCAUCCCCGAGUGUGGUUCUACGGGAUACAUAGAGAAAAUCACAUGCAGUGCAUCUAAAAAGAAUGAGUUCAAAAGCUGCCGCUCAGCUCUGAUGGAACAACACUUAUUCUGGAAAUUUGAAGGGGCUGUCAUAGUUGUGGCCUUGAUCUUUGCUUGUCUCGUCAUCAUUCGUCAGCGACAGCUGGACAGAAAGGCUCUGGAAAAGGUCCGGAAACAAAUUGAAUCCAUAUAACUACCCCACCAUCUAUCCUGGGUCUUAUAGACCAUGUUUUAACAGAAAGAGUGGAAUGGACUGGUUUGUGCCCUUGCUUCUUUGGAGUCUGUGGUGUUACACCCUUUCCCCAUCUUCCUCUUCACAUCACUCCUGAGCACAAUAAAAUAAAAGUCAAAUAA